AUGUCGUCAACAAGUAUCGAACGUGUGGGCAGCUCGCUGGAAGAACAGCCACUUCUGCGACCCGGGAAGAGAAGACUUCCGUCCUUGAACAUCCAACAUUGGCAUUCUCAUCCCUUCAGAGGUGAUCCAUGGAGCGUGAGAAAUACGAAACAGAAGACUGCGCAAUUUCUUUCGUCAAAAUUUGGGCAUUACUCUGUUCUUACGCUGGUGUCCCUUGAUGUUCUUAGCAUGAUUGCUGACUUCAUUCUCAAUCUGUUCAAGUGUGAACAAGGUAGAAAGGGCUCUGACUGGGACUUGGCUCUGGAGAUACUUGGCUCUGUCAGUCUGGUGUUCUCAUGCCUCUUCGUCGUUGAACUUAUUGCCUCUGUCUGGGCAUUUGGCUGGAAAUACUUUAACUCUUGGUUCCAUUGUUUCGACGCUUUCAUUGUCAUCGCUGGCUUCAUAACUGACGUCGCGCUCCGUGGUAUCAUCGAGGAGGUCGCUUCUCUAAUUGUCGUCAUGCGGCUUUGGCGAGUCGUCAAAAUUAUUGAAGAACUCGGCGUUGGAGCUCAGGAGCGGACUGAAGAAUUGAACGCAAAGCUGGAGAAGUUUGAGAGUGAGAAUGAAGAACUGAGAAACGAGAUCUCACGGCUGAAGGGAGCGAUGAGGAAGGCGGGCUUGGACCAGCAGAACAUUGGAGGCAUUGCGGGCUAA